GUCGGGGCUCCGCCACAGCCUCCGCGUCCUGGUGUGUGGACAACUGUGGAGCUGCUGCUGCGAGUGGGAUAACGCGCAGAGAGGCGCAAACGCAACACGCUUUGGAGACAGGUGCGCCUGGGAGCCUUCACCCUGCGGAGAACCUUUUCCCACUUUUCAAUUUUGCCAACUUUGAGCAGCGUUCAGUCCGAGCGGUCGCAGCAGCGGGAGGUAGAGGAGGACAGAAGGGGUCUGGAUGAAGCAGGAGACGGGCCACUGAGCCGCAGCGUCCCCCGGGCACCCCGCAUCCACUUUCCGCAUCUGUCCCCCAAUGUCACCGGACAGGAUGAUGAUCAUUGGACUUUUGCUCAACGUCUUUUCUCGGGGUAGUGUUACAGUAUCGGCGUCCUUCGACUGCUUGGUGGCGGAACAGGGCUGCGUCCAGGACCCGUCCUGCGAAGGCAUCUAUCGGCUGCUGGAGUACUGUGCGGCAGAGGAAGCCGUGUCGCCCCUCAGCUCAGAUGCCCGUCUGGAGUGCCUGGAGGCCCAGAACUCACUGCAGCAUUAUCGUCCCCUUCAAGUCUGCAAGUGUCAGCGGGGCUCUCGCAGAGAGGAGCACUGCCUGAAGGUUUACUGGACUGUGAGAUUUGCAGCAUAUGAUGAGUACGAAGUGUCGCCGUAUGAAGAGCUAAAGUUGAACCUGGUGAGAAACAUAGAGGUUUCACGUAUGGCUUCCAUUAUGGCAGCUUCUUCUGUUGUCGUGGACGGCCAGAACCAGUGUCUGAAGGCCGCUCAGGACUGCGGCCUGUAUGAAAAGUGUGGCUCAUUGCGGUCAGAGUAUGUGGUGGCUUGCACCAAGCGAGCAACAGCCACUGACAACAGCUGUAACCGCCAGAAAUGCCACAAAGCCCUGCGGCGCUUCCUGGAGCGAGUGCCAGAGGAGUACAGCUUUGCUCUGCUCUUCUGUCCCUGCUCCGACACCCUAUGCGGGGAACGCCGGAGGAAAACCAUUGUGCCGUCAUGUUCUUUUGAGGAGAGCGCAAGAGGGGAGGAAAGAGUUGGCAAGCCCAACUGCCUCAGCCUCCAGAACUUCUGCUCCAGAGACGAGCUUUGUAGAUCCCGGUUUGCAGAUUUCCAACACAACUGUCAGCCCUCCUCUCUUUCUGCCUCUGGCUGUAUGCGAGAGAGCAGAGCUAUGUGCCUGAAGGCUUAUACUGGACUCAUAGGAACCAUAAUGACUCCCAACUAUGUGAGCAACAGCAGCACGGAGGUGUCCCAGUGGUGCACAUGUGAAGGCAGUGGGAAUGAACUGCAGGGCUGUCAACGCAUCCAGCAUUUGUUCAGCAACAACUUAUGUCUACGCAACGCCAUCAGCUCCAUGGGAGUCCCGGCGCCUCCUCCGGUGGAACACACUCCGGUGCCAGUUUCUCAGCCCUCCCCGCGCGUCUUCCAGGAGAGGGUCCGUGUUAGCGUCAACACGCUCCCUGAAUUCAACAGUAUGGAGGACAGCGACCAAGAGGAGGAGCAAGAAGCGGGAGCAAACGAGGAGUUCAACGUCAUCCCACCGUAUUCUGAGAAGGACUCCGACACCGAAUCCGGUGCCAGAGGGAGUCAGCGAGGGGAAGCUAGCCAAGCAGAGCUCGCUCUGCCGCUACUGCUGCUGCUGCCAGCUCUCUUUCUGAACUGGGAAUGUUGGAACGGCUGAAGCCUCCACUUUUCCUUCCGCUUAGAGUUUACGGUCGCUACCAGUGUCGAAUCCAUCGCAGCGCUCACUGUGAACCACAGUCAACGGUUACAGAAAAGACAUGUAAAUGCCUCCAGAAAAGUUUGUCUUCUAGACUGUAAAAUAUCCCAACUUGUUUCCCCACCCCCUCACCCCAUCAUGAGCCUUUCUAGCACUUCAAGAAGUUAUGACUCAUCUUUCAAUAUAUUUGCUUUAGUGUCCUUUUCUGAAAGGGAGGGAACAACGUGGGGCAGUAUAGCAUGGGUGAAUAGCGAAAGAGCUGCCUGGACAAAAGCUAUAUGUAGAGAACUGCCUCCCUCUUAAAGUAAAAAGUAAAUGUAUCGUACUUCACUAAGAAGCAUAUCACCCAAGGCUACAUCCGCCACAUGCUCUCCGGAAAACCAGACCCAGUCUACUCGGCUGGAGCACAGCUUCUGAUUUCUAUUUCAUAACUCAUGUGGCACUCAUUUCUCUGCUGUCCCUUUGGCUCUUACUCACCUCGUGAAUUACGCCUUCAUAACAAGCUAGUAAAAAAAAAAAAAA